AUGAGGGUGCAUGGUGGGCUACACGCGCUUGGCGAAGGCUGCCGAAUUAACCAAGAUGUGGUCAUUACCGACCCUGCCUAUGUUUCAAUUGGGAAUAAUGUAACCCUUUCUAACUGUCACCUGAUUGGUCAUGAUGGCGUGGUAGGUGUCCUUAACACAGCUUACAAUAUGAAGCUAGAUUCCGUAGGUAAAAUUGUAAUUAAAAACCAUGUGUUUAUUGGAUAUGGGGCGAUUAUUUUGCCCAAUGUCACCAUUGGCAAUCAUGUAGUCGUUGCAGCAGGUGCAGUCGUCAAUAAAGAUGUACCAGACGGUGUAAUUGUGGGUGGCGUGCCCGCAAAGAUUAUUGGUAAAACUGAUGAGCUAGCCAAAAAACUUCAAGUAGAAACAGCUAUGUUACCUUGGGCUGAGAUUAUUAAUCUGCGAAAUGGAAGUACAGAAGCUGAAAAUGUAGAUUACCGCGUACGCCUGAUUGAUGCUGCAUAUAUAGUUUUUCAACGCUAUCCACUAUUUGGUUCUGUCAAGUUUUAUGAUGAACUAGCCCAGCUUGGUAAAGUGGAUGCUGAAAAUGUUGACUAUCGUGUUCGGCUACUUGAUGCUGCAUACACGGUAUUUAAUCGCUAUCCUUUUUUUGGCUCGGUUAAAUAUCGUGACGAGUUGGCAGACUUGGGCAUGGUGCAAGGCGAAGGUAACAUCCCCAAAGGCAAACGCCAGUAUCAAGCCACAUUAACUCUUGCGGAUAAUAUCAGUAUUGCCCCAACG